AUGUUUUCGAAUGCCCCGCCAAGGAAUGCAGAUGCGUAUACGCCUAUACCGAGAGAUCCUUAUGGAUCAGACGCUUUUGAGGAAAAGAAGGGUGGCUAUGAACUCGUCUCCCUGUUCUUCACUGCUGCCCUGUGGGGCAUGGUCUGUGCAGUGGCACUGUGUGGGGGGGGAUUGAUCGAUUCUUGCGGUGGUGAGACGGCAAACAUUUUGCUCAUCGUCCUGGCAGUUGUCGCCGCUGCUUAUCUGAUUGAGGUUGGGUGCAGCUCAGCACGGAAGUACCUCUUCAACGCCCACACCUCCGAGGGAGCGGCCGACUACUUGAACAGGCUGAAGGCCACCACUCCGGUGCUUUAUUGGAAGAUGGUCUGCUACCACACUGAUGUCUGGUACGACAAGGACGGGGAUAGGAAAGAGAGGAGGGUGAACACAUGGCAGGGCAGGAAGGACUUCCACUUUGAUGGCUGGGAAGAUGGCUCAGGGCCCACCACAGCGCUGAGGAACCACAGUGUGGUUAAACUGCGGGUGCUCAAGGAGAAGACCUUUCAAGAUGACUACACCAGGGAGCUGUACGCGAAGUGUGGCCAGGACUUUGUUUCAGAAAACCGCUGGCGCGAUCAGAAGUACGACAUACACGAGAACAUUGCCAUUGAAGGGUUCCAGCAGCGGUUGUUGGCCAUUCAAGACGCCGACAACCUGCCGUGGUGGGCAUCACCCGGCUGGUUCGUUUUGUCUUCCCUCUUUGGUCUGACAUGGCCGUUUCGCAUGGUCCUCAAUUCGCAAGCAUGCCGUGCUCAAUUCAAGAUUGUGAAGGUGAUCACAUGCCAUCCACCGCAGUCGCAGAGCCCGUUCGGAGUGCCCCCUCUGCCAACGGUCUAG